AUGGCUGGCAUAAACAUUACAUCACAAGGGGAUUCCUCUCAGGCCUGCCAACACGGGGACCAAAACAAACCAUCUAGGAAUUCCCCAUGGCACACCUCCAAAGCCAAAGUGAGAGAUUUUAACAUCUGUUUAUCAAAUCCCUGGUCAGUGUGCAACAAGAUCACUAGCCUAAAUGACUUCAUCAUUGAGCAGGACUUGGACAUUAUGGGUCUCACAGAGACUUGGCUCACCGGUUCAGACAGAAAUAACCCUAUCAUCAGUGCACUUAUACCCUCUAGUUACAACAUCAAAUACAAUCCUCGCAUGCCCUGUGGUGGAGGAACAGCUGUCAUUCAUAGGUCUAACCUCAAUGUUAAACCUACACCAGACACUCAUUCUAUGGAGUCAUUUGAGGUAUUGGACUGUAGUGUCAAUGCUACUCAGAUACUACGUUCAUGUGUUGUAUACCGUCCACCUCCUAGAGGCAACAACUACAUAGUGAAGCAGUUUUUUCAUGAUGCUGAUGCUGUUGCAUUUCUCUUUCUGGUGACAUCCUUUGGCUUCCAGCAACAUGUCACUCAGAGCACCCAUGGCGGCGGCCACACACUGGACCUUGUUCUAUCCAGGUCAAUGGACUCUCUUGUGCUUACCACUCUUGCUGAGGACCAUGGCUUCCCGGAUCAUUUCCCUGUCUUUUUGAAUCUCUCGAUGUCCAAAUCCCAGCUGCCUAAACAAUCAGUGACUUAUCACAAGGUCAAAGCCAUUGACCCCAGUGCUCUCAGUCAAGUUGUCACCAGCUCCACUCUAUGUUCAUCGGCGGCAACCGAAAUGUCACUCGCUGACCUCACUAAACUCUACAGCAGUGAACUCUCUUCCAUUAUAGUCUCGCUCGCACCACUCAGAACUCGCACGGUCACCAUCAGACCAGAAUCUGAGUGGUACAACAGCUCUAUCAGAGAGGCGAAGCAGAGACGCAGACAAGCUGAGAGACCCUGGCGCAAAUCAGGACUCAUGGUACACAGAAAGAUUUACAUUCAGUGCGGGAACUCCACCGAUCCAUUGCCUGCCAACAAAUUACCAUCAGAUCUGACUGACAUGUUCAGUGACUUUUUUGUGCAGAAAAUUACACGAAUUCGCAGCUCCAUUACAUGUGACAAUCACAAUCCACUUGUUGAGCCACCAGCACUCGGCGUUGAAACUAAACUUAGCCAUUUCCAACAUAUUACUGUGGAUGAGGUCACAAAGAUGAUUAGGUCAUCUGUCAACAACUUUGAACUGGACUCUAUGCCUACAUGUACAUCCCUUGUGAAACAAGAAGUCACAGCGUUUGCUCCCGUCAUCACUUCUAUUAUAAAUAAGUCACUUGAGAGUGGUUCCUUCCCAACAUCUUUCAAAAGAGCUAUUGUGACACCACUUCUGAAAAAGGCUUCACUGGACCCUGACAUACCAAAGAAAUACCAGCCAGUGUCUAACCUUGCAUAUAUAUCCAAGGUGAUUGAGAAGGUUGUAGCAGCACAGAUACAAACCUACCUCAGUGAUUGUUCGGUCUGUCCGUGA